CGCCGCCGCACGAAACAUCACGUGGCUCUCGUUCGAACAAUCACUUGAGCUCAACGCUCUUAAACGUUGUUUACCUUUGCAAGUCUUACCCACGUACAACGUUCGACAUGUCCGACUUUGAUGACGAACUCCUCGAACUCGUAGAAGCCGGUUCUGAGAAGGAAAAGAAACGUAAGAGAACCAAAUCCAAGUCUAGCGGUUCCAAACGCCGGAAGGCGAGCGUUUCUGAUGACGGUCCUGAAAGCGAGGAAGAGGAAGAAGAUCCGUAUCCUUUAGAAGGGAAGUUCAGUGACCAAGCCGACAUGCAUCGGCUUAUGCAAAUGUCGGAGGUUGAUAGAGAAGAAAUUCUCUCGCAGAGAGCAGAGGAGAUGCAGCGGCUACAGGACAGGAAAGCGCUACAGCAGAUGGUUAAGGACCAGCGAGCCGAUGGAGAUAGUGUGUCAAAGGCUGCCAAGCGUGCGUUUCAUUGGCGUAUCCCUGAUAAUAUUUCUACAGACUGUCGACUUUCCAGGUCAACACACUGCUCGCGGGGCAACGAAAGAGAAAAGUAGGAAACUCGAUGAGCUGAAAGCUAAGCGGAAGGCAAAGGAUGAGAAGAAUAAGAACCGCACGUCUUCACCUAAACGUGAUCGUUCCUCCUCGCCAAUGGACAUGGAUAUGGAAACCUCCGAUGAAGAAGAGGAGGAGGGCAUGAUCAGCAAGGCGGAACAAGAGGAAGAGUCUUACGGACGCAAGAACUCGGAGCCAGAAAUACCCGUCACACUUACUGACUUGGAGGCUUGUCGGCUAGACCGAAAUAAAUUAGCGAAGCAUUGCAUGUCUCCCUGGUUCAAUAAAUAUGUCGAAGGUGCAUGGGUUCGUUAUCUAAUCGGGAGUACCGAGAAGGGUCCUGUGUAUCGAAUAUGUCAAAUUGCCCGGCUUUGCGAGGAUAGCGCCAAACCUUACAAAAUCGAGAGCGCUCUGUUCGACAGGAAUGCGGAGCUACUACACGGAAAGUCAAGGAAGAUUUUUCCACUGGACAAGGUGUCCAAUAGUCCUUUCUUAUCGAAAGAGUUCGAUAGGCUGAAGACCUCUUACGAAACAGACAAAUUAUCUCUACCCCUAAAAAAAGCUGUCGCAACCAAGGUUGCUCAGAUGGAACAACUGGUUUCUCAACCUAUGACUGAGACCGACAUUGCUGCAAUGCUUCUCCGAAAGGGUCAACUUAAUGCUAGUCGGGCCUCUGGGGCCUUUACCACGUUUGAACGAGCUCGACUUGUUCAAGAGCGAACCCUUGCUCAACGAAGACAGGAGUACAAAGAGGUCGCCGAAAUUGAUGCUAAACUGUCUGAAUUUGACGCGCAACAUGGUAUUGGUUCGAAUGGCGUAAGUAGAGAAGGCACCCCCGGGGCUAAAUCGCAGAGGGAGGAUAAAAGUGAUGUCCUUGCAAUGCUCAGCGAGAAGAAUCGCAAAGCAAAUGCGGAAGCCGUGCGCCGUGCUGAACUCCUAGAAGCAGAGAAACGAAGAAGGGAACGGAAGCUGGCCCUUGCUGGGAAGAGUGGCGCGACUACUCCGACUGAUCCAAGUGCCAGAUUGCGCACAGUACCAAGGACCUUCAAUGUGGCGACGACACCCAAUUCUAGACCCGGGACGCCUUCGGCUUCCCUUUCUAGCCCCAAAAUGAAGACCACUUUAUUGAUGGAGUCAUCAACGUCUGAGUCCAAGACUACCGUGAAAACAUUCGAGGCUUCUGUGAUAGAGGCUGUGGAUAUCGACCUCGGCGAUUUUUAGUCGCUGAAUCCAUCGAGUUUGUAUUUGUUUUCUGGGAGGCACAUCUGUAUCUAUGUAUAACAUGAUAAAAGCAUUCAACCGCAUGUUAGUUCGACACUCGCCUGUAUUGUUAGUAUCAAUAACUAUAAUCUACGUAGAGAGAUAAUACGCAUUGAUUUUUCG